AUGCGCUACUACCGGGUCAGUGACGAAGAAGUGAAGCAGUGGCAGGKCGUCUCCGACACGAUCCAAGGCAUAUUCCGUGCCGCGGGACUCAAAGUCGCAACGCAGAAUUAUGAGUAUGUCUCUGCGGGUAAUGUGCACAAAGGGCAGAAUGUGUAUUCAAUUAUUCAUGCGCCGAGGGGGGAUGCGACGGAGGCGAUUGUGUUGGUUGCUGCGUGGAGGACGAUUGAGGGGGAGUUGAAUUUGAAUGGGGUUACGUUGGCGUUGACGUUGGCUCGAUACUUUAAGAGAUGGUCCCUCUGGUCAAAAGACAUCAUCUUCCUCAUCACACCCGACAGCAAAGCCGGCUCGCAAGCCUGGGUCGACGCCUAUCACGACAUGCACUCCUCAUCUGCACAACCCCUCCCCUUGAAGAGUGGUGCCUUACAAGGCGCGUUGGUUAUCGAAUACCCAUUUGAGCACCGCUUCGAGUCCCUACAUAUCGUCUACGACGGCGUAAAUGGCCAAUUGCCAAACCUUGACCUCAUCAACACCGCCGUUUCGAUUGCGGGUGGGCAAAUGGGGAUCGGCACAAGUCUGCAAGAAAUGUGGGAACACGACUAUAGCUACGAGAAGAGACUGGAGACUAUGCUCCGCGGUAUGGCGAAGCAGGGUCUUGGUCUUGCUGCGGGCGCUCAUAGUAGUUUUAUACCGUAUCAUAUUGAUGCGAUUACGUUGCAGACGAAGGGGAAUGGAUGGCAGGAUGAGAUGGCUCUUGGUCGAACAGUCGAGGGGCUGUGUAGGAGUUUGAAUAACUUGUUGGAGCAUUUGCAUCAGAGUUUCUUCUUUUAUUUGCUUAUGCAUACGAACCGGUUCGUGAGUAUUGGGACGUAUCUACCAAGUGCGAUGUUGGUGGCUGCGAACUUCACGAUUAUGGCGGUUGCGUUGUGGUUGAGGACGGGGUAUGAGGAUAAACUCGCUACGAAGAAGCAGGCACCAAAGGAAUCAAAGGGGGAAGCGACGACGACGGCAAGUACCGGGUUGAAUGGUGUCUCUGAGCGCAAGUUGUCGGUCCCGUUGACGGUAGUGGCUGUUCUACAUUUCCUGGGCAUUGUGCCGUUAUACAUUCUAACCAAUGUCUCUUCUCAAUUUUUCCUCCCCGUAACCUACGCCAUCCUCCUCUUAACCCUCACCCUUCCAUUCCUCAUCAGCCUCGCACUCUGCAGACUAUUCACCCCCCAGCCACAAACCUUCUACCUCCUCAAAUCUUUUUCUUUGUUGCUCCUCGGCUUGUUCCUGAGUGCACUUGCAACACUAAAUUUCUCGCUUUCGUUCAUAAUCGGUCUGCUGUGCGCGCCGUUGAGUUUUGUCCCAACUCCUGCAACGACGAAAAAAUCACCGGCAACUCUGGUCUUCUCGUCGAUGUUGUUCGUGCUGCUUAAUCUUUUGUCGCCGCCCGCGGUCCUUCUGGCAGCAUGCACGUAUACGGGUAUUUCCGUCGAGGAUGUUCUGUCGCAGGCUGCCUUUGGAUGGGAUGUAUGGGGUGUUUGGACUCCUGUAGUGGUCUGGUGUGUGUGGUGGCCGGCUUGGAUGAUGGGUGCUGUGUCUGUUGGGAGUUCAUUCUUUGUCUAG